AUGACUGGCGGCAGAUGCCAGAGGCGGAGGAAGAACAUGGCCGGUGGUAGGGGCGCCCGCGCCGCCGAAACGAAGAUAGUUGAUUCGAAUUGCGGCAGCCCUAAUUUGAAGCAGGAUUUUACGGAAAAGCCCUCGUAUUUGUUGGAAUUUACGAAACGGCCCCCGGCUUGUAGAGUUGAGCUUGAUUUGUAUACUCAAGCUCGCAAGGCACUCUCGUUUCGUUCCCCUUUCGAUUCAGAGGACUCGCAAGUUCCUACCGCGUUUGUUUCCAGUGGGUAUAGUCUGCCCAGUGGGGUGUCGCAUUUGUUGAGUAGGCAAUCAGACAGUAGGAAACGACACAAGAAGUUGCAGUCGAGCUCAGAGCACAAGUCCUCGACUCCAGGGGAGGUCGCGGGGAAACAACUUUUGGGCUGA